ACAUUUGUUGUGCUGCAGACACACGGUGACUGCUGGUGACCCAGAGGCCUCCACGGAGAGACACAUCAGUGGAACAGAGCAGUGGACACAGUGGUCUGCAGUGACUGCUUUAUCUGCCUUUCUGGUGCUGGUGAGAAGCAGAAAGGUUGGCUUUAACCAGAGUUGGUGUCUUUGCCCGAGGAGUCAAGAAAAGCUUUAAGACAAAGCAGGAAUCACUUUGGACUGCACUGCACCGGAAAAUCCGGGUGACGCCCCCAUUGGAAGCAUGGCUCUGCCAUUCCGGAAGGACCUGGAGAAGUACAAGGACCUGGAUGAGGAUGAGCUGCUCGGGAAUCUGUCCGAGCUGGAGCUGAAGCAGCUGGAGACUGUUCUGGACGAUCUUGACCCCGAGAAUGCCCUUCUGCCUGCAGGGCUCCGGCAGAAGAACCAGACGUCCAAGGCUGCUACCGGCCCGUUUGACAGAGACCACCUCCUCUCGUACCUGGAGAAGGAAGCGCUGGAGCAUAAAGACAGGGAGGACUAUGUGCCCUACACCGGAGAGAAGAAAGGGAAAAUAUUUGUCCCCAAAAAGAAACCCGUAGAAACCUUUACAGAAGAAAAUAUCUCUCUUGACCCAGAGUUAGAAGAAGCUCUGACGAGCGCUUCUGACACGGAGCUGUGUGACCUCGCAGCUAUCCUUGGAAUGCACAACUUGAUAACAAAUACUCAGUUCUGUAACAUUGUGGGAAGCAGCAAUGGUGUCGACCAAGAGCACUUUUCCAAUGUGGUGAAAGGUGAGAAGAUUGUCCCAGUAUUUGACGAGCCACCAAAUCCAACCAACGUUGAGGAGAGCUUGAGGAGGAUUAGGGAGAAUGACGCCCACCUCGUCGAGGUCAAUCUGAACAACAUAAAGAACAUCCCAAUUCCAACCCUAAAGGAGUUCGCAAAGGCGUUGGAAAGCAACACACACGUGAAGCACUUCAGCCUUGCGGCCACCCGGAGCAACGACCCCGUGGCUGUGGCGUUCGCCGACAUGCUGAAAGUGAACAGAACCCUAAGAAGUUUAAAUAUGGAGUCCAACUUCAUCACGGGGGCAGGCGUCCUGGCACUAAUCGACGCCCUGAGGGAUAACGAGACCCUGGCCGAGCUCAAGGUGGACAAUCAGCGGCAGCAGUUGGGAACGGCUGUAGAAUUAGAAAUGGCCAAGAUGCUUGAGGAAAAUACAAAUAUCCUGAAAUUUGGCUAUCAGUUUACACAGCAGGGACCCCGAACCAGGGCGGCCAAUGCUAUCACCAAAAACAAUGACUUAGUGCGCAAGAGGCGAGUCGAAGGGGACUACCAGUAAAUCCGCGCGGCGUGACCUUUGGAAGACUCCAGAAGGCCCCCAACAGCGUGUGGUGAUGGCAGGUGUAGAUCUCUCCUGGGUAGAAGGGAAAAGACUGGAAAUCUUUUUUAAAACUAUAUACAUUAUUUUCUAGUUUAAGUUGUUAUCAGUUUAAAAUUGUAAAUCAGUAGUAGGUGAUAUUUUAUAUUUUGAAGCAUUUCCACUUUCUACUAGAAUGUUUUUUAAGUUAGCAUAAUUGAAUGAUUUAUAAUGAGUCUUGGGCAAAAAAUACAAUUAUAACAAUGUUUCACAAGUCAUUUAUGCAGAAAAACUUCAACAUUUUUAGGAUCAGUAUUUUUAAAAUCCAAAAGGGACACUGCUGGUAUCAAAAUUGUUACUUCUAGAUGUAAGGUCUUAAGAGCAAGCUUUUUGUUGCAUAACCUGGAGACCUUUACACAUUUUAAAAACACAUGAAUUUGGCAAGGGUAGGUUUUUUCUUUAUCAAGGAAACAAUACCAGAAUUUUAAACCUGAUGGCGCAAAAUCUUGUGUUGAGGAGCGAGGCUGCCCUCCAGGGGACACAGUGCUCUGGUGGCUGUGUUGCCUGCGGCGUCCCUGCAGCGCCGGGGCAGGCGGGUAAUUAAGCAAGGCAUCGGCUCUGCCAGGCUGCAUGCUUUGUUUAAAAUAUGAUUAUGUCUAUUGCAAAGUUGUCAUUUUAAUGUGGGCAUUACUAAAUUUUGUAAAAGCAUCUGAGAAAACAGCUGUUUCUUCUCCAAUAAAAAGGCAGAGCCAAGUGUCAGUUACUGAGGGCAGGAGGAAGCAAGUGGCUGCCAGUCUGUGAGCCUCCGCGUGCUCUCAUACGUGUGCCAGGCAGGUCCGGGCACUCGAGUACAGUCCAGAAUCGCCUGGGUGUCCAUCCAGCCAAAGGGAAGAUCACUGCUUUUCAGAAGUCUGACUUUAUUGUGUGCCUGCUUUCUUCCUGUGCUUCUUAAAACCCAUGCUGUGAAGAGUCAUCAUGGUAGCACACUCGGAGUAUUAAGGUACAGCCUGAACUGGGUGCUGUGGGCCUGCGCUACGGCUGCAGAGUGAGGGAGGGGAGGGAGAAGAGCCCCUGAGAGCCCAGCUCCACACCAUGCUGGCCAUGUCAAGAAAGGUGUUCAGGUGGAGGAGACGCGCUCACAGGCAGGCUCGCUCUCUGUUGUAGCCCUGGGGAUUGAGCCCAGCUCGCUCUGCCACUGAGCUGCACUCCCACCGUUUCCGUUUUGAGAUGGCUCGCCGAGUCACCUGUGGGCCCUGAGCCUGGGAUCCCAUGCCUUCGCCUCUCUCCAUGCUGGGUCCCAGGCAGGCGCCACUAUACCCAGCCUGUCAGUGAUUUUUAGGAGCCUUUGGAACUGAAUUAUUAUCUGCUGCUCUGGCUUUGGCCAUUCCGUUAUCUCCCAAGCCCAGCACCUUCUUGCAGAGCAUGGAGAUCAGCCUCUUAACAGCCUAGUGUUGCCCUUCAGAGAAUGUGAUGGUUUGGGUGUGAAGUCACUAGCCAGUGUUUCAAAGGGACCAAAGACUGACUUGCACUGUUCCCUUUCAUUGAAAGGCUGCUGACUUUCUUUUCAAGUUCGCAGGCUUCCCUUCCCUUCUCUCUAUGCCCUCUUCC